ACUGAGUAGCUGGUAUUUACUGACAGUAGAGAGAGAGAGCACCCUCCUGAGUAGCUGGUAUUUACUGACAGUAGAGAGAGAGAGCACCCUCCUGAGUAGCUGGUAUUUACUGACAGUAGAGAGAGAGAGAGCACCCUCCUGAGUAGCUGGUAUUUACUGACAGUAGAGAGAGAGAGCACCCUCCUGAGUAGCUGAUAUUUACUGACAGUAGAGAGAGAGAGAGCACCCUCCUGAGUAGCUGGUAUUUACUAACAGCAUACAUGCAGCAGCAUUCUUCAACCUCCUGAAGGGAGGAGACGUUUCUCCCAUCUUUUCCAGAAGUCUUUUGAAGGAGUCAGAGUGGUGACUGUUUCGGAGAGGGAAGACCUCAGACCAGAGCUUUAACGACAUAAAACAGACCGUACAGUAACAGCCAGUACCAUCCUCGAAGAGACCCGGCUGAAGAAGAGGUCUCAGAGGAGAAGAGUUCACAUUAAAACACAGGAAACACCUGAAAACGCUCCCAGGUUCACCUUUAAGAAACACAGACACACAUUCUCACACACACACACACUCACAGGGAGUUUACAGAACUCCCUCACAUUCCUCAAAGGUAGAUAAUUUCCUCUUGAAGGACAACAAUCAACCAAUCAGCCAAUCAUUCAGCCAGUCAGCCAAUCAGGAUGUCUCGUUGGGGCCGUAAGGAUGUGAAGAAGACUCCUGAGGUGAUCAGGACGGUAACAGAGGGGCUGAAGUCUCUGUACCAUCAGAAGCUCCUCCCCCUGGAGCAGUACUACGGUUUCCAUGACUUCCACUCCCCCUCUCUGGAGGACGCAGACUUUGACAACAAACCCAUGGUGCUGGUGGUGGGGCAGUACUCCACUGGCAAGACUAGCUUCAUCAAGUAUCUGUUGGAGCAGGAUAUUCCAGGAAGCAGGAUAGGGCCAGAGCCCACCACCGACUGUUUCACGGCCAUCAUGCACGGUGAGGUAGAGGGGGUGAUCCCGGGCAACGCUCUCAUCGUUGACCCCAACAAACCUUUUCGCAAGCUCAACCCCUUCGGAAACACCUUCCUCAACAGGUUCCAGUGUGCCCAGCUGCCCAAUCAGGUCCUGGAGAGCAUCAGCAUCAUCGACACACCGGGGAUCCUGUCAGGAGCGAAGCAGAGGGUGAGCAGAGGCUAUGACUUCCCAGCGGUGCUACGUUGGUUUGCGGAGCGUGUUGACCGCAUCAUCCUCCUGUUCGACGCCCACAAGUUGGAGAUCAGUGACGAGUUCUCCGAGGCCAUCGGAGCGCUGCGUGGUAACGAGGACAAACUGCGUGUCGUCCUAAACAAGGCUGACAUGGUGGGAACACAACAGCUGAUGAGGAUCUACGGAGCUCUCAUGUGGUCUCUGGGCAAGGUGUUCAACACUCCAGAGGUCUUGAGGGUGUAUAUCGGGUCGUUCUGGGCCGAGCCGCUGCUGGUCCCUGAUAACCGUCGUCUGUUUGAGCUCGAAGAGGAAGAUCUGUUUAGUGACAUCCAGAACCUUCCUCAUAACGCAGCCCUCAGGAAACUCAACGACCUGGUGAAGAGGGCACGACUGGUCAGGGUGCAUGCCCAUAUCAUCAGCUAUCUAAAGAAGGAAAUGCCAACCUUCAGGAAGGACAAAAUGAAGAAGAACCUGAUCUACCAGCUUCCUGUCAUCUUCUCAAAGAUCCAGCUGCAGCACCAUAUCUCUGCUGGGGACUUCCCUGACUGCGCCAAGAUGCAGGAGCAACUGUUGAUCCAUGAUUUCACAAAGUUCAAGCCCCUGAAGCCAUCCCUGAUGGCCGCUCUGGACGAGCUGCUGGCGUCCGACAUCGCCAAGCUCAUGCCCCUGCUACGCCAGGAGGAGAUUGACGCGGGGGUGCAACCAGGGGUGCAGGGGGGGGCCUUCCUGGGAACCCGCGCCGGGCCCUUCAUGGAGAACGACCCAUUCGGAGAGGUGGAGAAUGGGGGGGAGGAAGGCGAGGAAGAGGGCGAGAUGGCCUGGGUCGUGACCAAGGACAAGCCCAAAUACGACGAGAUCUUCUACAACCUGGCGCCCAACGAGGGCAAGCUGAGUGGCACCAAGGCCAAGGACUGGAUGGUGAGCACCCGGCUGCCAAACUCCGUCCUGGGGAGGAUCUGGAAGCUGUCGGAUGUGGACCGGGAUGGCAUGCUGGAUGACGAGGAGUUUGCCCUGGCCAGCCACCUGAUCGAGGUGAAGUUAGAGGGGCAUGGUCUGCCCCCUGAACUGCCUGCCCGUCUGGUGCCCCCUUCCAAGCGCAGAAUGAAAGGAUCGGAUAUAUAGAGACUAUUACAUCAACCCACCCUGUGGAGCUGACAGUAUAGCCCUCUGACGGCUGACACACACGCUACUGCCCCCCCACGUUGUCCUCUUGUCUCCUUGUCUUUAUGUCUGUCAGCCCCUGGGUGUAUCUCGAUAGUCUAAGUUAAGCCCCUGGGUGUAUCUCGAUAGUCUAAGGUAGCUUCCUCAUAGUGCAGAUGAAUGAAAGGAAAGGAGGAAGGGGAGAUACUUCACGCUAUUGAAAUGCACCCCAAUUUAGUCUUACUGGAUCAUGUGUUUAGCUGAGCUGAGGUCAAAUAAAGGCUAGUGGCCCACACUGCUCUACUCUAUUAAACUAUAUUAUAGUCUACUGCUCUACUCUAUUAUACUAUAUUAUACUCUACUGCUCUACUAUAUUAUACUCUACUUCUCUACUCUAUUAUACUAUAUUAUACUCUACUGCUCUACUAUAUUAUACUCUACUUCUCUACUCUAUUAUACUAUAUUAUACUCUACUUCUCUACUCUAUUAUACUAUAUUAUACUCUACUUCUUUACUCUAUUAUACUAUAUUGUAAUCUACUAUACUGUACUCUAUUAUAUGCUACUGUACUAUGCCGAUCUACUCUACUACAUUCUACUCUACUCUCCUUCACUCCACUCUACUCCACUCCACUCUACUCCACUACACUCUCCUACACUCUACUCCACUCUACUCUACUCCACUCAACUCUACUACACUACACUCUCCUACACUCUACUCCACUCUACUCUACUACACUCUCCUUCACUCCACUCUACUACACUCUACUCUACUACACCCUACUCUGCUCCACUCUAAUCUACUACAUUCUACUCUACUCCUCCACUCUACUAUCCUACCCCACUCUACUACACUCUACUCUACUACUCCACUCCAUUACACUACACUCUACUACAUUCUACUCUAUGACAUUCUACUCUACUACAUUCUACUCUACUACACUCUACUCCAUUCUACUCUGCCACAUUCUACUCUACUACAUUCUACUCUACUACAUUACUACACUCCACUCCAUUCUACUCUACUACACUCUACUCUACUAAAUUCUACUCUACCACGUUCUACUCUACUACAAUCUACUCCACUCUACUCAGCUCUACUCCAUUCUCCUCUACUACAUUCUACUAUACUCCACUACUAAAUUCUACUCCACUCUGCUACAUUCUACUCUACUCCACUACAUUCUACUCUACUACACUCCACUCUACUACAUUUACGCCACUACUAAAUUCUACUCUACUACAGUCUACUCUACUACACUCCACUCUACUACAUUCUACUCUACUCUACUACACUCCACUCUACUACAUUCUACUCCACUACAUUCUACUCUACUACACUCCACUCUACUAAAUUAUACUCUACUACAUUUUACUCUACUACACUCCACUCUACUAAAUUCUACUCUACCACGUUCUACUCUACUACAAUCUACUCCACUCUACUCAGCUCUACUCCAUUCUCCUCUACUACAUUCUACUAUACUCCACUCCACUAAAUUUUACUCCACUCUACUACAUUCUACUCUACUCCACUACUAAAUUCUACUCCACUCUGCUACAUUCUACUCUACUACACUCUACUCUACUAAAUUCUACUCUACCACGUUCUACUCUACUACAAUCUACUCCACUCUACUCAGCUCUACUCCAUUCUCCUCUACUACAUUCUACUAUACUCCACUCCACUAAAUUUUACUCCACUCUACUACAUUCUACUCUACUCCACUACUAAAUUCUACUCCACUCUGCUACAUUCUACUCUACUCCACUACAUUCUACUCUACUACACUCCACUCUACUACAUUUACGCCACUCUACUAAAUUCUACUCUACUACAGUCUACUCUACUACACUCCACUCUACUACAUUCUACUCUACUCUACUACACUCCACUCUACUACAUUCUACUCCACUACAUUCUACUCUACUACACUCCACUCUACUAAAUUAUACUCUACUACAUUUUACUCUACUACACUCCACUCUACUAAAUUCUACUCUACUACAUUCUACUCUACUACAUUCUACUCUACUAUACUCCACUCUACUACAUUCUACUCUACUAUACUCCACUCUACUAAAUUCUACUCUACUCCACUCUACGACUCUACUCCACUCUACUCUGAACACUACUUUCUCCAAACUCCUAAACCACACAUUCUCUUUCUAGAAGUCUUGCGUGUGUAUAUGUUAUAUUCUCACACAGAUGUUGUUACGUUAGAUACGACAUUACAUUAUUAUAAAUCCUCACUAUUUCACAUCUACUGUUUAACUCAACAUUCUUUGGAUGACUGAGUCCACAGUGGCAUCACUGACUGACAAGUCUACUGUUAAUUACACACUGAUACGAUUACCGGUAUACAUGUAUCUGACUUACUCCGUACUAUAUUUGACUUUUACAUGGAGCUAUUUAGCAGGGAGUGUUUAAACAAAUAUAAACAGACUACUCAUAUACACACUAAUAUGAGUACACUAAUCUACACAUGUAUUUGAUAGAGAGCUGGUGCUAUUAGCAACAGUGUGAAGCUUGUUUAGUCCUCUGUCUGUCUGUAGGGGACUGGUCUAACUAGGGACAUUACAGCAUUUCUAUAGUAUAGUUUUACAGUAACGUGCCAUAGUUUUACAGUAACGUGCCAUAGUUUUACAGUAACGUGCCAUAGUUUUACAGUAACGUGCCAUAGUUUUACAGUAACGUGCCAUAGUUUUACAGGAACGUGCCAUCGUUUUACAGGAACGUGCCAUAGUUUUACAGUAACAUACCACAGUUUUACAGUAACUUGCCAUUUUUCCUCGCAUACUUUUUUCUUUCUCUCAUGGCAAAAAAAGAAUACAUGUAUUUUUUGAUUCAUUAUAUAUAUAUUUUUGCUGUUGAUUUUUGUAUGUACUGGACAAAGAACUGCCUUUGUUUGAAAUGAAUGUCACAUGCUAUGAGAACAGUGUUGUUCCCUAAAACAGUUUGGUUUGUUGAUCUAUUUUACUGACUACUGUACACAGCUAGCUUCACCAACUGCUAACCAUGUGUAUUAUUAUCACUGCCUAAUAAACGGUAUGAACUGUG